GUGACAGAGGCGCGGCUUUUUAAAGCGUGGAGAAUGAGAACAAAAAAGCGAUAUUACACGCCAAAGGAUAUAAUUCUUCAUGAUAACGCCCAAGACUGUUGGGUAUCAUUCUUGGGUAAAGUUUACGACUUUACUCCCUUAUGUGCACAGCAUAAAGGGGAUGUUCUCUUGAGACCUUUGUUGAACGAAGCGGGAAAAGACAUAUCUCACUGGUUUGAUCCACGUACCGGAGAUAUCCGAUAUCAUGUAGACCCACAAACACACUGUUUGGUGCCCUACACUCCUCAUGGUCGCUUCGUUCACAUACCACCACCUUACCCCACAACCGAUUGGGCAACGGACUUUGGUACUCCAUGGUGGAAAGAUGAAAAAUAUUUGAUAGGAUACUUGACAAAAAGGACGAGGUUUGUGCGCAUAAUUAACACGCUAGCGCUAAAAGAAAAUGAAAUCGAGGUUUGCGUGGAGGAAAACCUGGUGGACAUUCUGGCACGUUAUUUGCCAUUUAACGCUCACGCAGCUUCCUACACAUGGAAGUACAACGGUGUUGUCUUGGAUAUGUACAAGACUCUGGAAGAAAAUGGGGUGAAGGAGGAAAACGAAGAUAUCGAAGCCAUGUUCAUGCCACAAUUACAUCUGUAUUAUAACGAUGAUCUUACUGAAGCCUAGCAUGUGCUGAGCCCACACGUAUGCCCAGUGUAGCUCCGGAAUUGUGACGACCUAAUGAAAUAUCUGCCUCUGGAUGAAACCGCCUUCCGGAUGAUGCAAACCAACACUAUUUGGAUUUCACAAUUAAAGGUGCAUUCAAAGUGUACUUGUAUGUCCAGUACAUCUUUCAGGUCCGGCAA